AUGGUUCGUCGUGGCGGUGGUGGACCACCUAACCCAGGAGGUUGGCAGACUCCGCCUGGAAUGAAUCCCGAAUUUGGCGGGGGCCGACCACAAGCACAAUCAAAAGGUCUUCUUGGUGGGAUUGUUGGCAGCGCCAUUCUUCCGCUUUAUCUUGUCAUCGUUUUUGCAUACGCUCUUUAUGUUUUCUUCAAGGCCAGGAACAAAGACGCCGACGGCUCAUCAAAAACAUCCGACAGAAAGAAAGAAAUCGAUGAUCUUCGAGCCCGGCUUGAUAGAACUGAAAAGGCGCUGAACAAGCUCGUCCAGGCGACAGAAACGCUUCAGAAAGCCAUUCCCGAAGAAGAAAUGAAAAAGAUCUUUGAGGACUUUUGCCUUGACAACAAGCAAGCUGUUGAAGACAUUUCUGCUCAGUCUGAAUCUACUCAAGAAACUUCAGAGGAAAUCUCCAGUUCGGCAAACGACGAUGCUACUGCUUCGGAUGAGAUUUCUGAAUCACUGGACGCAGAAGAAUCUCAGUCACUAUCGGCAUCCAAUUCAGCACCUACUGAUAGCGAGAUCAAGCACGAACUGUUGUCCGAAGAAACAUUCGACGACGAUUCUGAGGAGGUCUCGGAGCCCGAAAAAAUUUCCGACGAGAUCGAAGAGCUUUCCGAAGAAAAACUGUCCGAAGAUGAGGUCCAGGUCAUCAAUAUCGACGAUAAAAACGAGGACAGUGAUGACAUGUCGGAAAAUCCGAAUUUGCGUCAGCGCAUAGUCAAAUCGAAUGAAUCAUCCAAUGAAUAA